UAGUCCACGAGCACGGAUCCGAGGAGAUUGUCUUUGGUGAGACGCGACUCCACUGUCCUCAAUAAAUAGUGUCUACCAUGAUAUAUAAACCGCUGGUGGUCCUCAGUAAGAAACAGAAUCAACAACAACUACGCCAUUCUCCAUCAUGCGUCUUCUCUACUCUCUUCCUCUGCUCUUCGGAGCGGCAUUCUCACUUCCAUCGCCUGAAAGCAUUCAGGAACGUGCCACCGGCUCUCUUGCUUCAUGGCUCACAUCUGAGAACACCUACGCUCUCCAGGGUGUUCUCGCCAACAUCGGUGCGAGCGGCUCUAAGGCCUCUGGUGCAAGUGCAGGUGUUGUGGUUGCCUCUCCUUCGAAGACUGACCCCAACUACUUUUACACCUGGACUCGUGAUUCAGCUCUUGUGUUCAAGGCGCUUGUAGAUCAGCUCAUCGCCGGCAAUAAAUCUCUGGAGCCUCUCAUUCAGCAAUACAUCAGUGCUCAAGCCAAUCUGCAGCAAGUCAACAACCCUAGCGGUGGUCUUUGCUCUGGCGGACUUGCUGAGCCAAAGUUCGAAGUCAACCUCACUCCCUUCACGGGUGCUUGGGGCAGACCUCAACGUGAUGGCCCUGCUCUGCGUGCGACUGCCAUGAUUGCUUAUUCUCGUUACCUCAUUGCCAACGGCAACACAACCACGGUCAACAACAUCAUCUGGCCUAUUGUACAGAAUGACCUCUCAUAUGUCACUCAGUACUGGAACCAGACUGGUUUCGACUUGUGGGAGGAGAUUAACAGCUCUUCCUUCUUCACAACUGCAGUUCAAUAUCGUGCUCUCAUUGAGGGUAACAACCUUGCCACUCAGCUCGGAAAGUCUUGCCCCAACUGUGUCUCUCAGGCACCUCUCGUCCUUUGCUUCCUCCAAUCCUACUGGACAGGCUCAUACGCUCUUUCAAACACUGGCGGCGGUAGAUCUGGCAAGGACGCAAAUUCAAUCCUGACUAGCAUCCACAUCUUCGACCCUGCUGCUUCUUGUGACUCGACUACCUUCCAGCCCUGCAGUGACAAGGCCCUUGCCAACCACAAGGUCGUCACUGACUCUUUCCGUUCAAUCUAUAACAUCAACAAGGGUAUCGCUCAAGGCUCUGGUGUUGCUGUUGGUCGUUAUCCCGAGGACUCCUACUACAACGGAAACCCUUGGUACCUGAACACUUUUGCUGCUGCUGAGCAACUUUAUGAUGCCAUCUACCAGUGGAAGAAGAUUGGAUCCAUCUCCGUCACUUCUAUCUCUCUUCCCUUCUUCAAGGACGUGUACUCUUCCACCGCUGUUGGUACCUACGCAUCUUCGACCACAACUUUCACGUCUAUUGUCAACGCUGUUCAGACCUACGCAGACAGCUACAUGUCGAUUGCUCAAAAAUACACACCUCAAAGCGGUGCUCUCGCUGAGCAGUACAACCGUGCUGACGGCACUCCCCUCUCCGCUGCCGACCUUACCUGGUCUUACGCUGCUUUCUUGACUGCUUACAAUGCUCGCGCCAAUAUCAUUCCUGCCUCUUGGGGCGCUGCAUCCGCCAAACUCCCUUCUUCUUGCUCCAGUGGUUCUGCCUCGGGUCCUUGCGCUGCCGCAACCAACACCAACUGGGGCAACCCUGGUACACCUUCCACUCCCACCACCACCGGAGGAGCCUGCGCAACCCCCACCGCCAUCGCCGUAACCUUCAACGAGCAGAAGACCACCGCAUACGGCGAGAACAUAUACAUCGUCGGCAGCAUCACCGCCCUCGGAAACUGGAACGCCGCCAAUGCAAUCGCACUCAGCGCCUCUAAGUACACCAGCUCCAGCCCGCUGUGGUAUGUGACUCUCAACUUUGCCACCGGAAGCAGCUUCAACUACAAGUACAUCAAGAAGGCUGCUGAUGGAAGUGUUACUUGGGAGAGUGAUCCUAACAGAAGUUACACUGUUGGCGGAAACUGUGCUGGUACUGCUACGCAGAACGAUAGCUGGAGAUAGAAUCUUCUGGCUGAAUCGGUUUUGCAGCGGUAUCCUGUCUACAGUUAUGUGAUGGAGGAUCAGAUGACCUUGUGGGUUGCACCUUAUGAUGGAUGAUAUGGUCAUGACAUGUUUCAAGACCUGCAUCGUAAAUAGAUCUUGCAAGGUUAAGAUGUAGAUAGAAGAUAGCACGAAGGGUAAAUUGCGUUAUCUUCAUUCCACAUCUUCAAGACUAUAAAAUCGAAACAUGCAAAAGCCC